UCGGCAGGGGCCGCGGCGACCGUCCCGGCUCCGGCUUCUUCGGUGAGGUCACGCGCCGGGCUGCGGCGCCCCCUCGCGGCCGCUGGCGGCGGUGGCCUGGGGCUCAGUGGGUCCAUGGCUUCGAGUGCGAACCCUGUGUACCCGGCCGGGGAAUGACCGGUGUGGGCCCCGCCCGGAGCUGGAAGCAGACGGUCUUCGGCCUGACGACGAAAGUCGCCGCUCCUCUGUGCAGGAGUCGCAGCACCGCCCCAGCCCCCACCCGAACCAGCGCUGGGGACGUGAGGGCCCCGCCCGCCGGCGCGCGUCAUGCUCGCGCGCGCGCUCGCGGCUGGCGUGCGCAGACGCCCAGGGGUCGCGCAGCCGCCCUCGCUCCCGUGCUGCCGAGUGAAGUGGGUUGUUGCUACAAGUCGGCGGUCCGGGAAGGAAGGGACCCUCCCGGAGCCAUGGUCCACGCCUUCCUCAUCCACACCUUGAGGGCCCCGAAGGCGGAGGAGGGCCUUUGCCGGGUGCUCUACUCCUGCGUCUUUGGUGCUGAGAGUUCACCUGAUGACGGGCGGCCACAUGGCGCCGAGAGGGACAGACUCCUCCACAAGGAGCAGAUUUUGGCUGUAGCCAGGCAGGUGGAGUCCAUGUGCCGGCUGCAGCAACAGGCGUCUGGCCGGCCCCCCAUGGACCUGCAGCCCCAGUCCUCAGAUGAACCAGUGCCCCUGCAUGAGGCCCCACGUGGGGCCUUCCGCCUGGCAGCAGGGGACCCUUUCCAGCAGCCGCGGACGGUGGUCUGGCUGGGCGUGCUCUCCUUAGGCUUUGCCCUGGUGCUGGACGCCCAUGAGAACCUACUGCUGGCUGAGGGCACACUCCGGCUGCUGGCACGCCUCCUCCUCGAGCACCUCCGGCUGCUGGCCCCCGGCACCAACCUCCUGCUGCGGGCUGACCGCAUCGAGGGCAUCCUCGCCCGCUUCCUGCCCCAUGGUCAGCUGCUCUUCCUUAAUGACCAGUUUGUCCAGGGUCUGGAGAAGGAAUUCAGUGCUGCCUGUCCUCGCUGACUCCUUACUGGGUUGGGACUUCCCAAGAGUACAAGGAGGGGAGGAUGGGGAUGGGGAUGGACAAACACACAGCCAGGUGAGCUCACAAUCUGCCUCCUUCCCAGCCUGCUCCCAGCUGUGGUGUAUUGCCACACCCAGCACAAGUGGACAGGACAAGCUGACAGAAAGGGGGUCGGGCAGAGGUGGAGGGGAGAGAUCACAGAGCAUCCUGUGCCCGGAGCUGUCCUGUGACUUAUUCAGACCGGUGCAUUGGGCCAGCCCCCUUGUCCUUGACCCUGCUUGCUCCCAUCCCUGCCAGCCGACCCCAAACAGAUCACCAGCCACUACUGCUGGAGAGUGAGGAGUGGCUGCCUGGAACUCAGCCCACUUUGUUCUUCCAAACCCGUAGUCAUCGCAGAGCAAAAGGGUUCUCUGAGGCUCCCAGGGUUGGGGAGCUGGCCCCUGCCUUUGUACCCACUUAGGCAAAACCAGGACUUUGUUGGUGAGGGCCUGCUUGGUGUCCAGCCCACCACAGUUCACAGAUGUGUCAGUCGUUCAGCAGGGGGAUUUUGUAUCUCCUUUUGGGUCCAGCCUGUGCCCACCAGUCAGCCUCGAGUAAUCAUGGGCUUCCCUCGUCUGCAGGGAGAGAAGGUACCCUCAAGGUGGGUGCAAGAGGUCUGGCCUGGGUGAUGUCAUCUUUCCCAUUUUGAAUUAAAAGCACCAGCUGUUUGAUUUCA